AUUAAAAAAAAAAAUCAAAAUCCCAUAAUGAAAUAAUUUUCUGAAGACAUUCUCAAAAAAGAAAAUAAAAAAUUUCCGAAGAAACAAACACAGACAGAACGCAUCGCUUUCUCAGGCACAGAGCCCCCAAAUUUGCAGAGCUCAAAAAAAAACAUUUUACGUAAGCGAAAAUUACUGGUGUUUUCGGAACACAGUUUUCACUGCCAUGGCUCUCAAUCUCCGUCAAAAGCAAACAGAAUGUAUUACCCGAAUGUUGAAUUUGAACCAACCCGUGAAUGCAACGGGUACUGCAAACGAGGAGGUGUACAAGAUCUUGAUCUAUGAUAAGUUUUGCCAAAACAUCCUGUCCCCAUUGAUUCGUGUCAAGGACCUUCGAAAGCAUGGUGUGACCUUAUACUUUCUCAUUGAUAAGGAUCGAAAACCAGUCCAUGAUGUGCCUGCCGUGUAUUUUGUCCAAGCCAAUCAAUCCAACAUUCAGCGAAUCAUUGCUGAUGCCUCCCGGUCGCUGUAUGAUACUUUUCACUUGAAUUUUUCAUCCGCUGUACCCCGCCUGCUGCUUGAAGAUAUUGCAUCUGGGACUUUGAGUUCGGAUUCAAUCCAACGGAUUGCAAAGGUGCAUGAUCAGUACUUGGAGUUUGUGACAUUGGAGGAUAAUUUGUUUUCGUUGGCACAGAAGUCUAGUUUUGUGCAAUUGAAUGAUCCAUCAGCUGGGGAUCGUGAGAUUGAGGAGAUUGUGGAGAGGAUUGUAACUGGUUUGUUUUGUGUAUUGGCUACACUGGCCGUGGUGCCAAUAAUUAGGUGCCCACGUGGUGGGCCAGCUGAGAUGGUUGCUUCAGCAUUAGAUCAGAGAUUGCGAGACCAUUUGUUGUCGAAGAACAAUUUGUUUACAGAAGGUGGGAGUUUCACGAGCUCUUUCCAGCGGCCAGUUUUGUGUAUAUUUGAUAGGAAUUUUGAGUUGUCAGUUGCAAUACAGCAUGAUUUUAGGUAUCGAGCUCUUGUUCAUGAUGUUCUUGGAUUGAGACUGAAUAGGUUGAGUGUACAAGGUGAAAAGGGUGGGAUGAAGUCGUUUGAGUUGGAUAGUUCUGACCCAUUUUGGGUGGCUAAUGGAUUGUUGGAAUUUCCUGAAGUCGCAGUGGAGAUUGAGACUCAAUUGAACAAGUAUAAGAAGGAUGUUGAUGAGGUCAAUAGGAGGACCGGUGGGACUGACGGGGCAGAGUUUGAUGGGACAGACUUGAUGGGGAACACGAAGCAUUUGAUGAAUGCAGUGAACUCACUGCCUGAGUUGACAGAGCGGAAGCAGGUGAUAGAUAAGCACACCAAUAUUGCAACUGUUUUGUUGGGUGAGAUCAAGGAGAGGUCACUUGAUUCUUAUGCAAAAAAGGAGAAUGAGAUGUUGGUCAGAGGAACCAUUGAUCGGAAUGAGCUCCUUGGUGUGCUCAGAGGGAAAGGGACAAAGCUGGAUAAGCUGAGGUUCGCUAUCAUGUAUCUGAUCUCUUCAGAAAGCAUUAAUCAAUCGGAAGCGGAAUCAGUAGAAGCAGCACUCAAAGAGUCCGAGGUUGAUACUAGUGCAUUUCAGUAUGUGAAAAAAUUGAAGUCAUUGAAUGUCUCAAUGGCAUCAGCAAAUUCAGCCAGCAGAAAUAACAUUGUCGACUGGGCUGAGAAAUUUUAUGCUGUGACUGCUGGUGUGAAGAAUCUCUUAUCUAGUGAUAGGCAAUUGGCAUUGCCAAGGACAGUGGAAGCCUUGAUGGAAGGGAAGCCGAAUCCUGAAAUUGAUAAUUACCUCGUAUUUGAUCCUCGCACUCCCAAGUCAGGUUCUGGUAGUAGUCAUUUGAAAGGACCGUUUAAGGAAGCUAUUGUGUUCAUGAUUGGCGGUGGUAAUUAUGUUGAGUACGGGAGCUUGCAAGAGCUUGUACAGCACCAGCAGCCUGUCAAGCAUGUUAUAUAUGGAACUACAGAAAUUCUCACAGGAGUGGAGUUUAUUGAGCAGCUUACACUGUUGGGGCAUAAGAUGGGAUUUGGGAGUAGCACUGCUGCUCCAACUCCUUAAUACAGAUGUGUCUUUCGUUCUCUUUGAAGCUUGCAGUUUGGCAUGGCACCUUAUACAUGGUUGAGGGGAGGUACUGUGGAAAGUUAAAAAGCAAUAAUUAAUUGAAUAUAGAUUUGAAGCUGGCUAUUUCAGAACUGAUGCGGAUAUUGUUGGACAAUGCAUUUCUUUCCUGAUUCCGAGGCACGCGUGCUGGUUUCAAAUGAUACUUAAUAUUGACUGCCUUUCAGAAUCUCAAAGUAUGCCUCUUUAUCUUUCAUCAUGGGGUUUCUUCCAUUGAAAAUCUGUAUUUAACUUUAUUGAAGAGUUUGAAGUAAGUUUCUGCAGUUAGAAAAUAUUCUUUUUUCUUAGCUGUUCUUGAAACUAAACUUGUGAGAAAGAUAUGUUAAUUUUUUCCAUACGUUACUAUGAGUGCUACCCUGAUUAACAUUUGGCAGUGUAAGUUACCUGAUGUAUGUGUUGAUUGGAAAUUGUCUGGAAGAAUCAUUUCUGUAUCUA